AUGAUGAAAACAUCAGAGUAUAACAAACCUCGGAGCAUCGCACAUACUCCGAAGGUAUACUACAAGACCACCAGGCGCCUGUCUAUUCACAAGCAAAGACCUCCCCAGGACCACACGCAUUCAAGAAAGAGGAGAGGCCAGGCAGGAUCCUUCAGCCAAACAACUAAAACAAAACAGAAGGACACAGGCGACGAUGGUGCUCCAAGAAGUUCUAAGGCUUGUGAUUUACAAGACAUGUUCAUCACGCGAGGAGUAUACACUCGCCGCACGAAAAUCAAACAAGAAUCUUUUCGGGGAGUUUUAAUGUAUACAAUUUGUCUCACUUCAUCUCCGGCGAGGCGUUCCUCUUCCUCCUCCUCCUCCCCGGUUCUCCCCGCUGAAGGGUCUUUGUUUACUCUGGCCCGACUGGAGUUUGCUAUUUCUAUUCCCAUUCGGACCUCAGGGAAAAUUCGGAGUUCUUACAUGGGGAAGGGGUUAGGGGAGAGGGGACUGUCGAAUUGGUCCCAUGGUUGUCAGUGGGGAGGAGGAGGGGGAGGAGGAGGAGGGGGAGAAGAUGGAGGAGGGGGAGAAGGAGGAGGAGGGGAGGAGGAGUAG